AUGCGAGCAAUCCUUCUGCUGAGACAGAGCGCUGAAAAAUCGCUCUGCGAACGCCUUAUGACCCCUCGAGUGAGUACUCCCCGGAAAUUACGCAUGUGCCUAAAGCAGGAGUGGCUCGGUAAUCCCGUAGCCUCUAUAAGGAUAAUACGUUCUGGUACUGAGGGUAUCGCAAGGUAUCAUGCUUUACCUUCAUGUGGGCUAAAGAAGGCGGGGCGUCACCGAUUCACAGCUUUGCAAGUCAGUCUUAGUAAAACUAAAGUGAUACUUCGCUUGAUGUGGAGUAUAACGAACAAUGGGGGCAAGUUGAAAAAAUAUCAGCCAAGUCUCUCAUCUUGA